AUGGGCUGUGGCUUCGACGGUCCCCUUGGAACGGCGCUGGGCCGACCGCAGCAGUUCUCGGUGGGAGACGGGCUACUUUCUCAUGUUCUGAUGGAAGUUGAGAGAAUGCCAGUAAAAGAUGGCUUAUGUGAUGUAAUCCCUUGUAAGGUUCAUGCUUGUUCAGAGCUCUGUAUCCCAGAGAGUCUCGUGCCUGGAGAGGCUGUGACCUUAAUGUGUUCCAUCCAAAGUACCUGCAAAGAAAUACAAGCUCUCUUCCUUUCCCAGGAGGGGCACCUCACCCCAAAGCCCAGCCAUGGGGGCACCACCCUCCGAUGUCACUUGAACUGCUCUCUAGAAAACUUGACUAGAAGUGGCUUGGUCGAGGCUCCACUGGAAGUUUCUCUGAACAAAAAGAAGAGCCCUGCCAAGAUGCUCACCUCCUCUUGUUCACUAAAGAAGAGCUGUUCUUUCGGUGGUGUCCCCACACCCUCUGUGCAGUGGGGGGGGGGUGGAGAUACCCCCAUGGGUGUGAAUACCAUGCAUAACAUCCUCUGGGUAAGCUCCGCCACGCUGGGUCCCUGGGCCUACAGCACCAUCCACUUCAAGAGGGAGCCAGAAAUACUCCUGAGGCUUCGCUGUGAGGGGAAGAACCAAUACUGGCUUCAUACUUCCAGCAUCUUCCUGGUACCAGAUUCUUAUGCUGUUUCCAGUGUGUUACUGAAGGGGCUGAUCCAAGGCUUUGUGUAUGGAACCAUGGCAUCUUCCUUCUUCUUCUUCCUGGUCCUCCUGGUGUGA